AUGGAUGAAAAAGAAGCAGUGUCGUUUGUGAAAGAAGUCCUCAGCAUUUCUGAUGUCGAGAGAAAGCUCAGUGAGAACAAGUACGAGCUCCUGUGUGAAAUAGUGAAGGAAUUUCAUGAGAAAAUUCCGUUCCAAAACUACUCUUUGAUUGCCGUGCCUUCAGCCGAGCGUAGCCAACCAACCAUUGAUGAAAUUAUUCGUGAAGUUCGAUCUGGUCGAGGUGGUCUUUGCUACUCAUUGAAUGUCUUUAUGAAGCUACUACUAGAAGCUUUAGAUUAUACCGUGCAUCACGUCCUUUCAGCCGUUAGUAAUCUCCCAGACAACCAUCUUAUCACCAUCGCUAGCAACGUCCGUGAUCAUGGUGACAAGUACCUUAUCGAAGUCGGUACAGGCUUUCCGACCUUCAAACCGAUACCAAUCGAUUUCGACCAGGAGUCUCCAGUCUAUGACGAAUCAUUCAUCAAGUACAAGCUCAAGUGGGUGAGUAAGAAUCGUCUUGAGAGAGAAAUGAUGUUUCAAGUACCAGGCUCUGAAUGGAAACUGUUCUAUAGUUGGGAAACAGCUCGAAAAAAACUUGAGGAAAUGGACGCAGCAAUGACUAGUGUCUACACUGAUCCGAAAAUCACUCCAUUUCAUACGAGUUUAAGAGCUGUACGGUUUGUCCACGGAAAAGCAGUGUGUAUCCGAGACAUGACUCUACUGAUGGAAGAUAAUUCGCAUAUUUUGCAAGAGAAAAAGCUUUCUACUGAAUUGGAGUUUCUCGACGCAGUGGGGGAGCACUUUCCGCUGCUGGUGGAGGCAGCAAAGAAAGCGUUGAAGAAUUGGACCCCCAGUAAAGAGCCAGAGAUCGGAGUGUAG